AUGAUUUAAUGGUCAUUUAAUAAUUAAUAAAACUUUAGAUAAUUCCUUAUCGAGUACUACUUGGCGCGAGACUCGACCGAGUCUCUUGAUUACUCUCCAAUAUAUGUUAUGGAAAAAAGAAGAAUAGUCUCAUUUCUUAUUGAACAAUACUUUAGAUUAAUCGCGUGUUCCACUGGUAAAUCCAAUUUCGAUCUCAUCAGUGAUAUAAAAUAUUCAUUUAACUGUGAGCGACAGGCAAAUUAUUUGUUCCAUUUGAAACAAUGACUCCUUGAUUGCUGUAGUAAAGCGUUUGAAGCACAACAGUACAGUUUAGUUUCACAAAAUUGAUGCAAUAUGAUAAUUAUAAUACUUUUCGUUCAAUGUAUCUUCGCUGCUGAUAAGACAAAUGCUAUACAAGAACGCUCAUGCAUGCGAUCAAAACAAUCCUUAAAAUUAGUUAUUGAACGAAUAAUAAUUGACGAGAUUGCAAAAAAUCACAAGUGUAUUGUCUUCAUUUUCGAUUCUUAUUAUAAGAAAAUUAUAGAAUCUGUUUGGAGUCAAGGACAGCUCGUAACACUAGGCUACGUGAUAUCAAUCCGCCACAACGAAACAUUUUUUCCUUCAGAAAAACGCAUUCAACCAAUUUUGACGAACAGUAAAGAAGCUGGCUGUGACGCGUACGUUAUAUUAAUGGCGAACGAUUUGGAAGUUGUUAAACUACUGCAAUAUGCUGAAGAAAACCGUUUAAUCAACACUCGAGGGGAUUUUUUAAUGCUUUACGACGAUCGAUUAUUCAUACCGGAAAUGCAUUACAUUUGGAAUCGAAUUCUAAACGUCCUCUUCGUACGCCGUUACGAGUCAGUCAACUGUAGAUCCGGUGAACCGUUGAGGAACGAAUGGUUUGAUAUUGUAACAGUGAAUUACCCAAUGAAUUUGAAGAAUUCUGUAACAAAACAUGUAGAUACCUGGUACAAAGGAAGAUUUAGAUACGGAGUUAAGCUCUUUGAUGAAAAAACAAAAAAUCUUCAUGGCAAAAGUUUAAAAGUGGCAAUAUUUGAUCACAUUCCAGCUGUAACAAAACAUGCAUUGACAUAUUCCAGAAAUAAAUCUAAUCCAGAUUCCAAAGCAUUAGGUAUAGAAUAUGAAUUGAUGAAGAUUGCGGAAAAGUCAAUAAAUUUUAAGGCAUUGGUAUACGUGCCACCGGAUGUAAAAACAGAACGUUGGGGUUCACUAAGAGAUAAUGAUUCGUAUACUGGAUUAUUGGGAGAAGCAGUUUCAAGAAAUGCUGUAUUUUUUCUUGGUGAUCUUCAUUAUACAACAGAACAUCUUCAUGUGCUCGACUUAUCUGUUCCGUAUCAUACAGAAUGCUUGACCUUUCUUACACCAGAAGCUUUGAAUGAUAAUUCAUGGAAGCUGCUUGUUCUACCUUUCAAGUUGUACACAUGGAUUGCAGUACUAUUUACUUUAUUUGCUGGUGGAUUUAUUAUACACUUCUUUGCUAUUUAUUAUAAAAAUCAUGUAAUGUUACAUAAGAACCACACAAUCGACAAUGCUGCAAAGAAUGGAGCUUUAAAGGAACUCGUUGCACCAAAAAAAAGUAUUAGUAAGAAAGCGAAAUUUAAUCAGGAAUCUCGAGGCCUACGUAUAUUUAUGGAAAUACAAAACAGCAUUAUGUAUACAUAUAGUAUGUUAAUGCUAGUAUCUUUGCCACGUUUACCUGAUGCCUGGUUUCUUCGUAUAUUUAUUGGAUGGUGGUGGCUGUACAGUAUUUUAGUAUCUGUUGCUUAUCGUGCAAGUAUGACUGCAACUCUAGCUAAUCCUGUACAAAGGGUAACUAUCGACACGUUAAGCCAAUUGGCUAAUAGUCCAAUAGCCGUUGGUAGUUGGGGAGAGGGCCGAAAGCAAUUUUUCUUAUCAUCUUUGGAUCCGAAUACACAGAAAAUCGGAACUAAAUUCGAGGUGACCACUAUUGAGGAUGAGGCUAUAUCACGAGUAGCAAAUGGAACAUUUGCUUAUUAUGAAAAUAUCUACGUUUUGCGCGAAGCUCGUGCUAAACGACAAGCUUUGGAGGUGAAACGAAGAAAAAGUGCAUCUAAGCUGAAUCGUACAUUUAAGCAAGAUCGAAAUUUGCAUAUAAUGCAAGAAUGUGUUAUAAAUAUGCCGAUUGCCCUUGGUCUGGAUAAAAAUUCUCCACUGAAACCAAACGUGGACCGGCUUGUAACUAAAAAACUAAUUGUAUUACCGCCACAUAUAACUUUAUCAGUAUUGAAAUCAUUGUAUGAUGUAUUCCUGCAACAGGUACAACGAGCUAUAGAAGCCGGUUUAGUUCAGAAAUGGUUGAACGACGUGAUGGAAUGGGCCAAGAAUUCCGAAAAACCUUUAGAUACUAAUGCUCCAAAAGCUCUUAUAAAUCUUCACAAACUUUACGGAGCAUUAGUUGCUCUCGGAAUUGGAUAUUCUCUUGGCUUUAUAACGUUAGUAUAUGAAAUACUACAUUGGAAAUACAUUGUUCUCAAAGAUUCGAAAUACGACAAAUAUUAUCUGGAUGUGUUCUAUAAGUAAAUAAACGGGUAUCACUAAA